UUGUGAAAAUGGUGGACUACAGCAAAUGGAAAGAUAUUGAGAUAUCUGAUGACGAAGAUGAGACGCAUCCAAACAUCGACACACCAUCACUGUUUCGGUGGAGACACCAAGCACGUCUCGAGCGCAUGGAAGAGAGAAAAAGGGAAAAGGAGGAGUUCGAACGCAAGAAGAAUGAAACAAAGAGAAAAUUAGCGGAAGCCAAAAGCAAACUCGCUGAAAUCGGUUCUGAUGGGCCUGAUCUAGAAUCAUUAAAAAAAACAUUGACCGAGUUGGAAAAAGAAGACAGAGAGCUUAAAAACAAGGAAGAAGAGCUUAAAAAGAAAGAGAAACAGACACCAUGGAAUGUGGAUACAAUCAGUGAGCCCGGUUUUACAAAAACCGUUAUUAACACAAAACCCUUGCGUCCGAAGGACGAGAAUUUGACUGAGGAAGAAAAAGAAGAAAAGAUGAGGAACUUUAUCAAAGAGAAUGAGAAACUUUUAAAACAAUUUGGCAUGUUGGGAAAAUAUGAUGAUUCAAGGGCAUUUCUUCAGCAACACCCGCAGCUAGCAUGUGAAGAAACGGCUAACUACCUUGUGAUCUGGUGUAUCAACUUAGAAAUGGAAGAGAAACAUGACCUCAUGGCCCAUGUAGCCCAUCAAACAAUUUGCAUGCAGUACAUUUUGGAACUCUCCAAACAACUGGAUGUGGACCCUAGAGCAUGCAUUGGAUCAUUCUUCUCAAGGAUACAGGUGGCCGAGAAAACAUACAAAGACUCAUUUGAUGAUGAGCUGAAUCAGUUCAAAGCUAGAAUCCAGAAGCGAGCUGCAGAGAAGAUUGAGCAAGCCAUCAAGGAGCAAGAAGAGGAGGAAAGGAAAGAGAGACUUGGACCUGGAGGGCUGGACCCUGUCGAGGUGUAUGCAGAACUUCCUGAUGAACUGAAAAAAUGCUUUGACACACAAGAUGUUCCAUUGCUUCAAGCAACAAUAGCCAAGAUGCCAGAACAGGAGGCCAUUUACCACAUGAAGAGAUGUGUCGACUCGGGCUUGUGGGUACCCGGCAACAAUGAUGAAGAGCCCACCAUGAAAGAGAACAAUGCUGCUCCGGCUGCCAGUUCUGAUCAAUUAGACUGAGACUACAAUCACACAAAACGUAUUUUAAAAGUAUGUAGAUGUAAAUUUUGAAUUCGUUUAUGGUGCAUCCAUUUCAAGAAUGAUCAAAUACAAUAACGAAGAAACAGACUAAAUUCGUUCAGGUUUACAUUAUUUCACAUUCGUAAAGGGACCGGAAAUCCGUAAUUGU